CGCAAUUCAUGAUUCGUGAUUCACGAGAGUCGAGUGUGAUGGCUAGUCACUAGCAGUCGUUAGCUGUUUUGUUAUUAUCGUUUAUCGUGGUAACGAUGCAGAAUUGUGUGCGUACGUGAUUGAUCGCUCCGACCGUGACGACGACGACGACGACGAGAACAAAGGUGCCGCGAAGGCACGGGCGAAACAGCUGAUUGGCGGAGAUCCGCGUCGUCCGAGUCACGGCCGUCUCUAGUCGCAGGAAGCGGACCGACGGUCAUGGCGGGUUUCGUGCUCCGGGUGAAGACCAAAUCGGGUCAAAAGGUCGUAUACGGUCUCACGGCCCACGAUAACGUUUCUCAGCUGAAGGCGAAGCUCAUCGAGCUUACCGGCGUUCCAGCAGCUGCCCUCCAGGUCCUCGGCGGCUUCCCACCGAAGCCCAUCGACCUGGACUCACCUGACGCCACGAUCGAAGGCGUCGGGAUUAUCUCCGGAGAUACCCUUAUCGUCGAGGAGAAACAGAUCGUGUUCAAUAGACAUGAGCAAAGACUGGAUAAUCUUGGGCGGUCCCAUAUCGUCGACCAGGAGAACUUUGCCAAUAUUCCAGGCGUUCUGAUGAGGAAAGUAGUACCUGCAGACAAUUCCUGUCUCUUUACUAGCGUGGGUUAUGUUUUGAAUGGAAAAGUCGACACUACUUGCGCCAGUUUUAUGAGGGAGAUUAUAGCAAACGCAGUAGCGGCAGACCCAAAUGAAUACUCCGAGGCAUUUCUGGGCAGACCGAAUGCUGAAUAUUGCGAAUGGAUUCUCAAGUCUGAUGCCUGGGGUGGCGCCAUAGAACUGUCGAUCCUAUCUAAAUUUUAUGGUUUAGAGAUAGCGGUGAUCGACAGCAUUAACGCGAUCAUCAAUAGGUUUGGCGAAGAUCAACAUUAUGCUCAACGAGUCUUUCUCAUAUUUGAUGGGAUCCACUAUGAUCCUCUCUACCUGGAACCGCUCAAUGGUGGCAGUAUUCAAACAAUCUUUUCCACCGAGGAUGACAGGAUGCUGCUGGAGGCCGCCCAGCUCGCAAAAGAGGCGAGAUCGAGUCGCCAGUUCACGGAUGUUCAAAAAUUCACACUAAUGUGCAUUGACUGCAAAAUCAUGUUAAAUGGACAAGCAGCGGCUCAGCAACACGCCAAGGACACCGGUCACAAGAAUUUCGGCGAAGUAGCAGCGUAACCUUGUACAGCAGCAGUUCUUAUGAUUUAAUUGAUCUAACUCUUCGGUGACUAUCCUUGACUCUAAACAGUAUAGGGUGAUAAUUUACAGUUUUCUUCGAUUGAAACCGUUCGGAAAUUUCGGUUUCUAUCUAUUUAGUCUUGUGGUGCGCAAUUGUAAUAUUAAUCCAAGCACUUAUUAUUGCAAAUUCUUUGUACUAAGGAAUUCUAACAACAGGGAAAUUCUGUGCUUGAGGAAUAUGUGUGUGAUAUUUUUAUAAAUUAU